GUUCAGCUCAACGCCGAUGGUUUAGACACCGAAAGCACAGCUCGUUAAGCCGAAAGUAUCGUCUGAAUAAACACAGAAGGCACAACACACUGUUUUUUUUUCGCUGUCGCUUCACUUGCUGGACUCUUAAUUCAAUUCCCAUUCCGAAUCCGAAUCCGAAUCCGAUUCCCAUUCCCAUUUCCAUUCCCAAAAGCGAUCCCAAAAAGCGAUCCAAGUGCAGCUGCAGCCGUGUAAAUGUAGGUGAUUGCGGGCAAACAAAAAACAACUGCGAUUAGACAACAAGCUAACAAAAAAAAAAAAAAAGAACAACAAAAAAGAAAAAGAAAAACAAGAGUUGGAAAAACGAAAUCGAAAGCGAAAGGAGCAACUCAGUGAGUCUCAGAUUUUUUUCACCCUGCCAUCAGGAUGUCACCCAAGGACGGGAGCCUGGACGAUGCCACAUAUGCGAAGUACACGGUGAAUCAUGCACCACCUCCUCCGGCAACUACGACUCUUUCCACCAAUGUGGAAAAAUCGACGACUAACAAGGAAAAGGAAAAUGCCACAGUGACUCCGCCGUCGAAACGAACCUGGCGGGAGAAGAUCCGUCUGGUGGCCAACAACAUCACCGUGGAACCGAUCCUGGCCGCCUACAUCAUGCCCAGCGUCCUCUCCAACUUGGCCACCCAGAAUCUCAAUCUGGAGAAGGCCUGUCGCGUCAACAUGGCCUAUGGGGACGAGGUUUGCGAUGCUCUCACCCGCCGACAAACAGCCAACUACACACUUGAGGAGGAGACGGUGCAGCAGAUGGUGGCGCGAAUGGCGGCGUGGAAGACGGUGAUCCAGUCGCUGUUCCCCUGCCUGCUGAUCCUCUUCUGGGGAUCGUGGAGCGAUCGCCAUCGGAGGAGGAAGCCCUGCAUCCUGAUCCCGGUGGUGGGGGAGUUCCUCGGGGUGGUGGGCCUGAUGCUCUGCGUCUACUUCGAGCAGACGCCCAUGGAGGUGGCCGCCCUAACGGAGGCCAUCUUCCCCUCCCUCAGCGGCGGAUGGUUCACCAUGCUGAUGGGGGUCUUCAGCUACAUAGCGGACAUCACCACCGAGGAGGAUCGCACCCUCAGGAUCGGCAUCCUCAACGUCUGCUUCUCGGUGGGCGUGCCCAUCGGAAUGGCCUUCAGCGGAGUCCUGCUCAAGCAAAUAGGCUUCUAUGGUGUGUUUUCGAUCUCGGCCGCCUUCUACGUGAUCGCCUUCGUGUACGGAUUCUUCUUCCUGGAAGAACCGGUCGCCCGACCGGAGAAGAGUGCGGAGCAGAAGAGUCUCCUGGCCGACUUCUUCGACAAGGAGCACGUGGUGCAGACCUUCCGAGUGGCCUUCAAGAAGGGAGAGAACCAGCGACGCAAGCGGGUUAUCCUUCUGAUGAUCGUGGUGAUGGUGAUCAUAGGACCUCUUCACGGAGAAAUGGCGGUGUCCUAUUUGUUCACCCGAUUCCGUUUCAAUUGGUCGGAAGUGGAGUUCAGUUUCUUCUCCACAUAUGCGAUGUUCACUGGCUUAAUUGGAGUUAUCUUCUGCGUGGGUGUUUUGUCCCACAAACUGAACAUCGAUGAUGCUCUGGUGGGUGUCCUUUCCAGCACCUCGAAGAUCCUUUCGUCCUUUGUGUACGCAUUUGCCACGCUGCCGUGGCACAUGUACUUGGGUGGACUCGUUGAGAUCUUCAAUGGCACCGCCUUCAUUGCCAUGAGAUCGAUAGCCACCAAAUUGGUUUCCAAGGAUGAAUUGGGCAAGGUUAAUUCGCUUUUUGGAGUGGCCGAAGCCCUAAUGCCAAUGGUAUUUGCACCCAUGUACACGACUUUGUAUGCAGCUACUUUGAGAGUAUUGCCAGGUGCAUUUUUCCUGCUCGGCGGCGGUUUAACCUUGUUCUCUGUGUUUAUAUUCCUAUGGAUGUACCACUUCCAAGUGAAACAGCGAAGAAAGCUGGCUUCUGCGGAUGCGGAAAGUGCCUCCGUGAAGGAUCCCAAUGGCAACAUCAAUGCCAUCGAGGCUUUAGUCUUGGCCAGCGAGGCCAAGGGUCAGAUGAACGGCAUCAUAGCCAAUGUGAUACACGAGUCCUUGGAGCACACCGAACCGUCGCCACCUGCAAAUGGUAAUCCUGUCAACUCGCGACCCCUCGAGAGAGGCAUCGAAAACCAGGGAUUCGUUCAGGAGGAGGUCAAGGUCAAGGUCAAGGACUGUUAGGCGAGAUGAGAACGGGAUCCAUGGCAAUUCCAACCUCAUGUACAUACUCACAUUCCGCAGGAGUAGGAAUCACGAUUCCAAACGAAUUCGAUAUGAAACUCUAUUUUGUAGGUUCGAAAAAGAAAAUGCAUUGCAAAUAGAAUCCCUUAAAGAACCUUUUUUUCGUGAACUACAUCGUAUAUAACUGGAUGAAUUUGAUAAAACGAUAAAUAUAUCUAUUUGAAAAUGCUUUUAAAACUUUAAAAGAACUUCCCGUCUUAUUUUCGAACCCACACCUAAUCAUAUUCCUAUUCACCUAACAAAUGUGUACAAUUACAAAUAUUACCUUUUUUUAUUUAGCCAUAAGCCUCUAAAUGUAUCUUCGUUUUCGUUGUAAUUAUCGUAUCUUACUACGAUUUGUUAUUUUUAUAAUUUCCUUUUUUUUUUGUGCUUAGUUUUUAAGGAGCGUUAAGAAGAAUUUAAUAAAUGUAAUAUUGUCCGAAA